AUGUUACACUCUCUGUCUUCCUUAAUUAUCUUUCUCUCUCUCUCGUCAGCCCCUCUCUCCUGUUCGGAGGGUUUUACAGAGCUGGGUUUCUAUAAUGGCUCUGUGUCUCAGACGGACUCUGGCGCCCCCUGCCUGCGGUGGGCAGAGUUUCCAGACUACGUGCUGCAGUACCCUGGUCGAGGCCUUGGGGAGCACAGCUACUGUCGUAACCCUGACAGAGAGUCCAACCCCUGGUGCUUCUUCAGACAGACCUCUGGGGCCAUCGGCUGGGCCUACUGCGACUGCCACCAGGGUGCAGCUCGGCUGGUGGGCGGGACAUCGUCAGGAAGUGGACGUGUGGAGGUGUACCUGAAUGGUCAGUGGGGGGCGGUAUGUGACUCUCAUUGGACAGACAGAGAUGCCAGUGUGAUCUGCAGACAGCUGGGGUUGGGUGAGAUCGGCACUGCUUUGCAGCAGUCCAGGUUCGGCUCGGGCUCCGGCCUCUUCCAUUAUGAGCGGCUGAGUUGCCGUGGUGAUGAGAGCUCCGUCAGCCAAUGCCAGACCAGGACAUUUGUUACCGGGGACUGUAGCCAUGGAAACGAGGCGGGAGUUGUGUGUGCUCCACCAGAAGGCAGUGGUCUUCCUCUACGAUUGGUUGGAGGAGAAGAAUAUUUUGAGGGGCGUGUGGAGGUGUUCCACAGUGGUAGGUGGGGCUCUGUCUGCGAUGACCAAUGGGACGACAGAGAUGCAGAGGUAGUCUGUCGACAGCUGGGAUUUGGGGGUGUGGCGAAGGCCUGGUCGUGGGCCCACUUCGGACAGAGCUCAGGUCCCAUCCUAUUGGACGCCGUGAGGUGUACAGGAAAUGAAGUCUUCCUGGACCAGUGUCUUCAUGGAGACUGGGAACAACACAACUGUGACCAUAUGGAAGACGCUGGGGUAUCCUGCAGCCCCUACACAGACGGUGUGGUGCGGUUGGUAGGAGGAGACAGUCCAUGGGAGGGUCGUGUUGAAGUGUUCCACUCUGGGGACUGGGGUACGGUGUGUGACGACCACUGGACUCAACAACACACACAGGUGGUCUGUCGACAGCUCGGAUACAGAGGGCAUGCUGAGGUGGUGACUGACAGAGCGUUCGGCGAGGGUUCUGGUAUCAUCCUGUUGGACGAUGUGCGUUGUGAGGGGACGGAGUCGUCCCUGCUGGACUGUCGCCAUGGCACCUGGGGCCAUAGCGACUGUUCCCAUGGAGAGGAUGUGGGCGUGCGAUGCAGGUCCGGAGCUAAAGAAGAAGAGACCAAUGAGGUGCCGGCUGUUGCACCUGCCACAGGUCCUCUGUUGCGUCUGGUUGGGGGUGGUAGCCAUAACGAAGGUCGUGUGGAAGUCUAUCUCCAUGGAGACUGGGGGAGUAUCUGUGACUCAGGCUGGAACGAUCUGAACGCUGCUGUGGUCUGCAGACAGCUGGGCCACAGUGGUCAUGCUGUAGCAGCAGCUGGGUUCGGUCGGGGGAAGGGUCCUGUCCACCUGGACCAGGUGAGGUGUACCGGGAAGGAGGACUUCUUGGGGGAGUGUCCUUCUCUGGGCCGGGGCCGUGACGGCUGCAGAUGGAGACAGGAUGCAGGGGUGAGCUGUGACCACGCCCCCCGGGCAACAGAGGGCCAGGCCAGGUCAAGUGAGCUCACCUGUGGAGUGAGGAAGAUUGUGGAGGAAGGGAACGAGAGGAAGAGUGGAGGAGGAGGAGAGAAUGUACUCAGGACAUUGUGGCCAUGGCAGGUGUCAGUGUGGUUGGGUUCUGAGGGGAAAGAUGGCCAUCCUAUCUGUAGUGGUACUCUGAUCUCUCCCUGCUGGGCCCUGGCCUCCGCUCACUGCUUCACCAGGUUUGGUAUUGGCCCGUCUCAGUAUGUGGUGCGCGUGGGGGGUUCUGACCGAAUUCUGACCCCGGAGCGAGUGGUGGUCCAUAGAAAGUUCAGAGCAGAUCAGGGCCCUGGGGGUCAUGACCUGGCCCUGCUGAGGCUGCCCAGCCCCAAGGAUCACUGUUUGACCUUUGACCCCCACACUAACGCAGCCUGCCUCCCCACCCCGGACGCUGCGGGGGGGAAGACCCCCUUGUCCUGCAUUGCCGCGGUUACCGCUGGCUGGGACGGCCCAGAUGCUGUGCUCCAGUCCUGGGUACCCCUCCUGACGUCAUGGCAGUGUAAGAAGCGUUAUGGCGAUGGUUACUCCUCCCACGGCACGCUGUGCGCUGGCAGCCCCCCUGACACACGUCGUCUCCACGGGAACAACGGUUGCCAGGGCAACUGGGGCGGUGGGCUGGUAUGCCAGGGGGAGGGAGGGCGAUGGGUGUUGACCGGGAUCGUCUCCGGGGGUUACGGUUGCAGCGACCCCUCAACCCCGGCGCUCUACACACGGGUCAGCCGGUUCGGGGGCUGGAUCGAGGAAGUCACACACAGGAGCGGGACAUACACACACACACAAUCAUGACGAGUUGAAAAAACACACUGACGAUCAAUUCAUACACACACACGAUCAGCACAGAAAUAUACACACACAUACACACACACACACACACACACACGAUCACAAUGAACACAUACAAAAUCUGCAUACACACACUCACAAUAAACACACACACACUCUUGUCUGAUCCAGGACACGCCAUUGGCUCACCGGCCGUGUCAUGUGACUAUCAGAGGAAGGAUAGAUGAUGAUGGAGGAAGAAGAGGAGGACAUGUUGGAAAAGGAGGGAGAGAAAGAGGAAAGAUACAAGAGAAGAAGAACGAGAAGAGAUCCUCCUCUGCCCCCCUGACCUCUGACCCCUGACCAUGUAGACUUUUGUGUGUGUGCAUGUGUAUUACACUAGCUAUGGGGUGUGUGCAUUCAUGUAUGUGUGCCAUCUGUGUGUGUAUCAUCUGUGUGUCUGGGAGGGGAGGUGCUGUAGUGAUGUGUAGCUAGACGACGUGCUUUAGGUAGUCACUUCUCUGACAGUGGGGUUGAGUUUCUUGUGAUGCCCUAUUUGAAUGUGAAGUCUGUCCAGAAUGAUCUGUUAUUCUUUAACCAGUGGUAAAAAAAUAAUAUAUAAGCUGUUGUUCAAAAGCUGUUCUCGAAUAUCUAAUAUCACUUUUGUAUUCCUGAAGAUGCUAUCUACCUUGGAGGGGACUGUCGCUUCUUUCACAUGUGAACUGGAGAAGCUCUUCUGUCUCCUUUCAAAUAAACUGGACUUUCUUGG